AUGACAAUCUUGCAAAGCAAGCCUAAUAUUACAGAUAUUAAGGCAUCCGUUGAUGCGGCGUUAGAGUCAUUACAAACAAGCUUAAGAGAAUUAAACCGAGAGAUCUGGUCCAAUCCAGAAACAGCAUAUCAAGAGUACAAAGCUCACGACGCGAUUUGCGACUUCCUUGAAGCACAGGGCUUUACUGUGACUCGCCACGCAUAUGGACUGGACACAUCGUUUGAAGCCAUCAGUGGGUCUGGCGGACGGUUGAUCAAUUUCAACGCUGAAUAUGACGCAUUACCCGACAUAGGCCACGCCUGUGGCCAUAAUCUUAUCACAACCAGCAGUGUCGCUGCUUUCUUGGCACUCUCUGCUCUUCUGAAGCGGUAUGGGAUCCCUGGUCGUACUCAGCUCUUAGGCACACCGGCUGAGGAGAAUGGCGGUGGGAAGGCUAAACUGAUCGAUGCCGGGGCUUACAAGGGUGUUGAUAUCUCCUUGAUGGCGCAUGCUGGUCCCGAGAAGCUCUUUCCCGGUGUUGAAGCCACUGGCGUGGGUGGCGUCUUGAUGAAUGCCCGCAAACAGAUUCACUGUGAAUUUACUGGAAAGAGUGCCCACGCUGGUGGCAAUCCUUGGGAAGGCGUCAAUGCGCUUGAUGCUCUGGUAACCUCUUACAAUAAUGUUGCCGUCCUACGGCAACAGCUCCAACCAGAUGAACGUGUUCAUUGUGCGUUCUUGGAUACUCCUAAGGUAGCCAACGUCAUCCCGUCCUAUACCAAGGCCUAUUGGCAGGUUCGCAGCCCGACCCUGAAAGGCUUGAAUCGGUUGAUGAUCAAGGUGCGCAACUGCAUUGAGGCAGGUGCAUUGGCGACGGGAUGUGAAGUUAAGACCAUAGAAGAUGAGCUGUACACUGACAUUAAGAUAAACGACACCCUGUGUGAACGUUAUCAGGCCCACAUGGGUAGCUACGAUCGAAAUGUCCUGAAGAGCCAUGAGAAAGUCUUAACUGGGUCCUCCGAUAUUGGCAAUGUCAGUUAUAUUAUGCCCACCCUCCAUACCAUGUUUGGUAUACCGGGACCGGACGGAUCGUUCCCUCACCACCCGUCGUUUGCAGCAGCGGCUGGCACUGAUGAUGCUCAUGUUGAGGCAGUUGUUGUGGGCAAAUCGUUGGCCAUGAUCGGAUGGGAAAUGAUCACGGACGAAGCUUUAUUUGCGCAGGCUAAGGCACAAUGGGAAAAGUGUAUCCAGGAAUAA